GUUUCCUGUGGCCACCCUUUGCGCACAUGUACCAUAGCGCACAGACGCUCGCGCGCGCAGCAGUACUGCAGCUGUAAUGCGGUUGAAACAGAGGGAGCGAGUCAGGACAAAUGAAGGGAUUCGUUACCAGCUCACUACCUGAUCUUUCCACUCCGUGAAGCCAGCAUUCAGACUCGGAACAGAGAAAAAUCUGCAGCUCCAGACUUUGGACAGCUGUGCGUCUGCCUGGCUGAAGCCCUCGGUGAGGAGGACCAAGGAACAGCUGUGCAUCCUGACUGAAUCUUAACUCUGUGUGCCAAGAUGAGUUGGAGGGGACUUGAGUGGAAGCUUCUCUGUUGACACCUGAGAUCUCCAGAUUUGAAUGCCCCUUUCCUGAAGAUUAUUUUACGUAUCUCUUCUUGUGGCAUUGAAGCUCCUGUCUGUUUCUCCUGUCACUAUGGCCAGCCUCGUGAUCAAUGAAACUGGAAUGGAGGAUUGUGGGAUUGAUGACUCCUUUAAGUACAACUUAUACUCCACAGUUUACAGCGUGGUCUUUGUUUCGGGCCUGAUAACCAACUGCGCAGCUCUCUUUGUGUUCUGCUUCCGGAUGAAAACAUGCAAUGAGACCACAAUGUUCAUGACUAAUCUCGCAUUUUCUGAUUUGGUUUUCGUUUUUACACUACCGUUCAAAGUCUUCUACAAUGUGAACCGCAACUGGCCUUUCGGAGACGGUCUCUGUAAGGUUUCAGGCACUGCCUUCAUCACCAACAUCUAUGGCAGCAUGCUCUUUCUCACCUGCAUCAGCGUGGACCGCUUCCUGGCGAUUGUCUACCCAUUUCGCUCACGCUCCAUCAGGACACGCAGGAAUGCUGCGCUCGUGUGUGCCGCUGUGUGGCUCACUAUAGUGGGCGGAGGAAUAUCGGUGACUUUCUUCUCUACCAUCAACAGCCGGCACAGAGCCACCACAUGCUUUGAGGGAUUCUCCAAAAACACCUGGAAGACCUACCUUUCUAAAAUCACCAUCUUCAUUGAGAUCGUGGGAUUUCUUUUCCCCCUCUUGGCUAACCUGGUGUGUUCUUCCUUGGUUCUUCGGACACUUCGCCGCCCAGUCAGUGCCGGCCAUGGCUGUGACAGCAAGAAACGUGUCCUGCGAAUGAUUGUCGUCCAUCUAAGCAUUUUCAUCAUCUGCUUUGUUCCAUAUAACUUCCUGCUCUUCCUGUAUGCCCUAGUGCGAACCCAGGCUCUGGCUAACUGCAGCGUGGAGCGAUUCGCCCGAACACUUUACCCUAUCACCUUGUGUCUGGCCAGUCUCAACUGCUGCCUGGAUCCUGUGGUUUACUACUUCACCUCAGAGAGCUUCAAGAAGAGCCUGACCAUAGGCAGCAAAGGGUCAGGCUCUCGUCCUGAGAGCAUCCCCCGAAGCAACAAUGAAUCGCAGGACACAAUAGUCCCCAGAGACACUCAGUCGGUGUCCAUUAACGGAAAAGACACCACAACUUCUGACAGCCAGCUAUGACUCGUCACAGAACGGGCUCCACUUGAGCCCUGAACUUGCAUGAAAAAGCAAUCAGCUGUUUAAUUGUGGAAGAGGAAAACAAAUAGCUCAGGAGAUUAGUUAAGUCCAGCGGCAUGGCCUGGGCUUUAUGGAUUAAUCCAGCAGUGGAGAAACCAGGAAUGUAUCUGUUUGUUUUAACACACACAUCCAUACCAGGACUCCUGUGAUUGUUCUCAAAGAGCCACUGAGAGAUACUCUAGUCACACAAACACACCAAUCCUGCCAUAGUAUGGAGAAUUUUACCCAAAUUGUUGAAAUAAGAUUAUUAGUGUAAGAUGAUCUUUUUUAGGUCUGAGCUUUUCCAGUGCUUUAGAUGUGUGGUCAAUUCUGGUCUUACUAUAAAAGGCAGUAUUAUGUUGACCUGCUGGAUUAAAUGUUUGUCUGUUGAGGUUUCAUUUCAUUAAGUCUAUUUUUUAUUUUUCUCUAAUGGUUCUUGGUAUCAUUUAUUUCACCCAAUUCUAAUUUUUUUCACGCUGGUUCACCAAGUGGCUAGCAGAGCAGACGAUCUUAUUUUUUGAAGGAAACUGGCUUGUGUGCUGUGUCACAGGGCAAAUGCUUAUUAUGACUUGAGCAAUGGUCCAUUGUUUGCUUGUGAAUGAGGUCUCUUUACCCUAAUCUGGCUUUAGACUGCAGAUCUACUCAAAGUCUUUUACAGGCAGCAAAUAUGCUCACAUUCCAAAGUAUGGAUGAAACUUUUGCCUGUUUACCCCAAAACUGCCAUCUUGCACAAUAUUAAUUGCUAAACUUUUGUGCAUUACCAGGAGGAUAUAAAGUGUUGAAUUUAAACACAUUGAUUGGUAAUCUUCUCUUCUUCAGAAUGAUGGAGAGAAGCUUUUUAUUCUGGCUUCAUAGCAUCUUCAGGAACAAACAAGCUGCUGCAGACAUUCACAUUUUAACCUAGAAUUUCAUUGCAUUCUAUAAGAAGAUCAGAAUGAUCAAUUAACAUAGUUUAGAUCAGGGAUAAAGUUAGGGUGUACGUUUUUAAAGAUAUAAACCAAAAGAAAAGCUUAAGUUUUGGCCACUACUGUUAGUCAUGUUCCUCAUAAAUCUGCUGUUUAUGUAAGAGUAGCAGGAAGAAAGCCAUUGUUGUAGAAAAAAGCAUAAACAUGAGAUUAGCUUUUUGCUACAAGCCAUUUAGACCCAGUAAACAUAUGGAAGGAUAAGCGAUGAAACCAAAAAGUGACUUUAUUUGUACACGCUGAAAGAAAUGAACUGUAUUUUGGUCAAAUUAUAUUUCUAUGUUUUGACAAUUUUAAAUUUGUGAUUCUGAUCUGAAGCCAUUUUUUCAGUUAACCUAGAAUUAAAAAAAAUCAUACCAUGGAACAAAAUAGCUAUUUAUUAGAUUAGUAUUAAUAAGUUAAUAUUUACUUGGUAACAAUUAGACUAUGUUCAUACAGCCUCCUGAAGUCACUUUGUUUAUAUGUGAUCUGGAUCUGAUCUUUUCAGGACAGUCUGAACAACACAGAUCCAAUGCGACCCACUGGGCUCUGUGGUUCUGAAUCCGAUACGAAUUUGAUCUCUUCAAAUACGACCUGCGUCUGAAUGGCCAGGUCACAUUCAACUGACCUCAAUGCCGUUAAUUCUCAACAAAGUCAUGAUUCUGCGUCUUUCUAUGCAGAAGCAGAAAGAAAAAUAACCAUGGAGGACGAUGAUGCGGAGAGCAGUCUUUAUUUUCAACCUUCUUGAAAAGACUGUGUUAUUGAUGCGCUGGCCGAGGUUGAGAAAGAAACGAAAAAUCGCAAAUGCUGUUCUGCACCACCACCCAUGUUUACUUUUGUCUUUCAAAUCUUUAUUUCAAUUAAAGAAUAAACCAGUACAGGAAACCACGUUCACUUGCAUAAACACAGA